CUAGGCACUGGAUGGGGGUUGCUCCCAGUAGGGUCAGCAUCUGGACCCCAGGCUGAGAGUCAGGCUCUGAUUCCAGAUCUAGCCUCCAUCAUGAAGAAGCUCUUGACCAAGUACGACAACCUCUUUGAGACAUCCUUUCCCUACUCCAUGGGCUGGCAUGGUGAGGCUUUUCAAGUACCUAUAUCUAGCCCCAACACUAUUUCUGGGCCUGGGGCCCAACCCAGUGAACUGCAACCCCAAAGGAGCAAGCCUUGAAACAGUUGCUGGGGGGUGUGGCAAGAGCAGAGAUGCUGGGACUGAGGGUGGAGCAGCAAACUUGGUGAAAAUAUGUCUCCAAUAUGCUUUCUAAUCUCCUGCCAGCUCUUAGGCAGGGAUCCUGGGAGAUGUAGUUUUCAGACACCUGGCUGGGUUUGGGGGUAGGGGCUAAGCUGGAUAACUGAAAAAGGGCUCUCUCUCCCCAUUAUCUCUCUUCUUUCUGUCAGGGGCUCCCACAGGAUCCGAGGCCGGGGCCAACUGGGACCACUGGCAGCUGCACGCUCAUUACUACCCUCCGCUCCUGCGCUCUGCCACUGUCCGGAAAUUCAUGGUUGGCUACGAAAUGCUUGCUCAGGCUCAGAGGGACCUCACCCCUGAGCAGGCUGCGGAGAGACUAAGGGCACUUCCUGAUGUUCAUUACAGCCUGGGGCAGAAGGACAGGGAGACAGCAACCAUCGCCUGACCAUGCCGACCACAGGGCCUUGAGUCCUUUUUUUUUUUUUUUUCAACAGUCUUGCUGAAUUAAGCAGAAAGGGCCUUGAAUCCUGGCCUGGAAUUUGGGCAGAUAUAGCAUUAAUAAAACUGUGCAUCUCAAACUUUAAUCACAUACUCUAGUAUCAGAGGAGUGUGAACCUUCAGAGAUACAGGGUUAAAAGCUAAAGGCAUAGCUCCAGCUACAACUUUUCUUUGUUUACAAAUGUGUAAAAUCUUGAUGCAAAAAUUCCACCCAAAUUUCUGAACAAAAUUAAUAUUCAGUAUUACAUCUAGCCUAUAGAUUCUCUUACUCUUGGUGUAAUGACAGUAUCCCAGUUUAGGAAACUGUUUUAAAAUCUUGUGUCUUGGUUGUGGCUGAGGCUUUGGGAAGGCCAGAGCCCCCUUUGCCACCACACCUAGGGUGUCAGCUCCAAGCCUGGGCCUGAGGGUUUGACGGGGAGCGGGUGAGCUAGAUCCUGAUCCCAGUGGUCAGUGGCCAGAUCCUGGGCUGCUGGCCAGAACCCUGGCUUUGUGAGUGGCUGCAGCUUGGCUCUGCUCCAGCCCACAGGGGCUAAAGGGGCGGGUAGAGAGCAUGUAGGGAGCGUGUACGUGGCUUUGUGUCCUUGGCUCCUCCAGACUCUCACAUGUGCGGGCACCAUAUACUUCUGCUGCCCUUGUGCCCCAAUCAUUGCACAAACAGAAACAGCUCUGACAGGGAAGGGACCGCUAGAGUUAGGAACCCCAGGGCCUGGAAGGAAGGUAUGGCUCUCAGAGUGACGUGGGGUCUAUUCUGUCCCCUCUGGACCUGUCUCCCUGGCAAUGCUGUGGGAACAACAGUCUAUGCAACACAGCAGACCUGAUGCCACCUGGGGUCCUCCAAAUUUUAAGGUGAAGGCAGGGAUUGUGAAUGAUGCAGGGAUGGCCAGAAUGGUUUUUGCCUUCAUUCUUUUCCCAGGGGAACCAAGCCUGUGGGUGGGGAAAUCACACUAAGGCUGGACAGUGACUGAAUCCUGCCCAGGAGAACCUUGGCUGUCUGCCUUCCAGACCAGGGUCUUUCUUCCCUGAGAUCCUGAAGGGGAAGUACCUGGAACUUGGCCGUGUUGCUCUGGUCUGGAAGAUCUGAUAGACACAGUAUGCACACAUUUCCCUCGAGCUUCCCGUGACUGGGGAGUAGAUGAGAGCCCUGGGUGGGUGGCUGGUUUCUUGAGGUAUACAUAUACCCGACACACCUUACAUCUCUGAUUUGGCUGCAUUUUGGAAUCAUCUGGGAAGUUUUAAACAAUACUGAUGUCUAGGUCCAACCUCCAGAGAUUAUGAUUUAAUUGGUAUGGGGUGGGGUUUUGCAGUUUUCAAACCACAAUAUCCAGCAAACUUUGAGAACCACUGCCCUACACAGCCCUCCUUCUUCCUUAUCUGGAGUCAGGGGCACCUUCACCUUCUCCAAUCACCUGGCCAGUGGCUCUUGUUUCCAGUCCUGCUGUUCCAGGGUGGGUAGGCCUUCAGGCGGAGACCCAGGAAUCCAGCUCCAGACUCUGUCCCCGGCAGCCUCUUCAGUCCGGGACGGGACAGGAAGUGUCCGGCGGAGGUGGGGGUGGAGGUGAUUGGCAGUUGGAGUCUCCAAUGGGCCAGGAGCCCCCCUAUUUCACUCCUCUCCUUCCAUUGGCGUCUGGGCGGAGCCGCCCCCACUGCGGGGGCCCAGGGCGGGAGGGAGUAGAGGCCGGGGCAGAGGGCGAGGGCAGAGGGCGCUGGCGGCAGCGGCCGCGGAAGAUGAGCAGCGGCUGCUCAGGGCUGAGCAGGGUCCUGGUGGCCGUGGCUACAGCCCUGGUGUCUGCCUCCUCCUCCUGCCCCCAGGCCUGGGGCCCCCCAGGGGUCCAGUAUGGGCAGCCCGGCAGGUCCGUGAAGCUGUGUUGUCCUGGAGUGACUGCUGGGGACCCAGUGUCCUGGUUUCGGGACGGGGAGCCAAGGCUGCUCCAGGGACCUGACUCUGGGCUAGGGCAUGAACUGGUCCUGACCCAGGCAGACAGCACUGAUGAGGGCACCUACAUCUGCCAGACGCUGGAUGGUGCACUUGGGGGCACAGUGACCCUGCAGCUGGGCUACCCUCCAGCCCGCCCUGUUGUCUCCUGCCAAGCAGCUGACUAUGAGAACUUCUCUUGCACUUGGAGUCCCAGCCAGAUCAGCGGUUUACCCACCCGCUACCUCACCUCCUACAGGAAGAAGACAGUUCUAGGAGCUGAUAGCCAGAGGAGGAGUCCAUCCACAGGGCCCUGGCCAUGCCCACAGGAUCCCUUAGGUGCUGCCCGCUGUGUUGUCCACGGGGCUGAGUUCUGGAGCCAGUACCGGAUUAAUGUGACUGAGGUGAACCCACUGGGCGCCAGCACACGCCUGCUGGAUGUGAGCUUGCAGAGCAUCUUGCGCCCUGACCCACCCCAGGGCCUGCGGGUAGAGUCGGUACCAGGUUUCCCCCGACGCCUGCGAGCCAGCUGGACAUACCCUGCCUCCUGGCCGCGCCAGCCCCACUUCCUGCUCAAGUUCCGUUUGCAGUACCGUCCGGCACAGCAUCCAGCCUGGUCCACGGUGGAGCCAGCUGGACUGGAGGAGAUGAUCACAGAUGCUGUGGCUGGGCUGCCCCAUGCCGUACGAGUCAGUGCCCGGGACUUUCUGGAUGCUGGCACCUGGAGCACCUGGAGCCCAGAGGCCUGGGGAACUCCGAGCACUGGGACCGUACCAAAGGAGGUACCAGCUUGGGGCCAGCUACACAUGCAGCCAGAGGUGGAGCCUCAGGUGGACAGCCCUGCUCCUCCAAGCCCCUCCCUCCAACCACACCCUCGGCUACUUGAUCACAGGGACUCUGUGGAGCAGGUAGCUGUGCUGGCGUCUUUGGGAAUCCUUUCUUUCCUGGGACUGAUGGCUGGAGCCCUGGCACUGGGGCUCUGGCUGAGGAUGAGACGGGGCGGGAAGGAUGGAUCCCCAAAGCCUGGGUUCUUGGCCCCAAUGAUUCCAGUGGACAGGCGUCCAGGAGCUCCAAACCUAUAGAGGACCCAGGAGGGCUUCGGCAGAGUCCACCUAUAAUUCUGUCUUGCUGGUGUGGAUGGAUGGACAGUAGAUCCCUAUGGUUGGGUCUCAGCUGGAAGUUCUGUUUGGAGCCCAUUUCUGUGAGACCCUGUAUUUCAAAUUUGCCAGCUGAAAGGUGCCUGUACCUCUGAUUUCACCCCAGAGUUGGAGUUCUGCUCGAGGAAUGUGUGUAAUGUGUACAUCUGUGUCCAUGUGUGACCAUGUGUCUGUGAGGCAGGGAACAUAUAUUCUCUGCAUGCAUGUAUGCAGGUGCCUGGGGAGUGUGUGUGGGUCCUUGGCUCUUGGCCUUUCCCCUUGCAGGGGUUGCGCAGGUGUGAAUAAAGAGAAUAAGGAAGUUCUUGGAGAUUGUACUUAGA